CAAAGGUGGGCUGGGCAAACAAUCCCCACAAACUCAUCAAAAAUAAACGGAGCCAGAGCGAAAGAAAAAAGAGGGUACACCACACAAAGCGAAGCCGAAUCGCCAUACGUCAGCGGAAAUAGUUUAUAUGCAAACGACAAACAAGCAACAACAAGCGGCAAACGGAUUUGCGAAGCGAAACUGCGUCUUGGCCGAGGCUCGCGCUCAAACAAUGGUUGUUUCUGUUGCUGCCGUCGAGGUCUUAGAAAAGAGCAGCCUUGAAUCUGCGGAAUUAGAGGCACCCAGCUCAAGCAGUACACAAGCUUCGGGCUCAAAUAACAAUAAUACUGAUAAGACGGCUGAGACGACUCUCCAGGAGGCAGAGGCCAACAACAACACGCCUGUCCCCGCUAAAUCGAACGACAACAUGACCGAUGCCGGCAAGGGGAAAAGCAGCGAUUCUCUCAAAGCGGUAGUGGCCACAGUUUCCACAAAAAGCGCCGUUAGCCAGCGCAAUGUAGACAUCAAGACCGAGAAGACCGCUGAAAUGGAGCUCGCCGCCCAACAGCUGACUAAAAAGGUGUUAAAUCUAGAUCUGAGUGGAAAAAGCCUGGACGAGUACUCACUUAGGUCGCCCAAGUCGCCCAUAGCUGCACGUGUGCAACAUCAAACAUCAUUGACGUCGUCGGUGGACGUAGAAGAUCGGAAAACGCUACGAGAUGCCUUAUAUCAGGGAAUUUUUCACCGACAUCGCCGCACCAUUUUCGCCGUGGGCAGCUUCCUGCGCAUGCUGCGCAGCCGCAACUCUCAGUACAAUACGAUUCGCAGCUCCUCAGAGGGCGAGGACAUCGACGAGGUUCUCAAGAGGCGCAGCUCGAAUUUGCUCAGGCUUCCUCAAGUUUUCGAUCGAUGAGUGCUCGUCUGCGGUUCGGAAACUCUAGGUAUACGUCUGCAUAUAUAUGUACAUACAUAUUAAGAUAUGUCCAUAUUACUUUAAAU